UAGUGUGAAGGCUCGGCUCUGCACUCAACCAUAGAAACAUGAAGAUGACAAAACCUGCACUCCUUGUCCUCUACCUGAUUUUGGGGGAAAUUGCUGGAAUGACCAAUAUGUCUCCAUCUAUGCAUCAGGAGAGACAUUUGAUAUCAACUCGUGUUGGUGAAACUAUAACUGUGGAGUGUGUCCUUCACCACUCAUUGAUAACAAGGUUUUACUGGUAUAAACAGUCCCCGGGACAGGAGCCGAGGCUCAUGUGCACCUACUACAAAUACCAGGGAAAUAAAAUUUUGCAUAAUGAAUUUGAGAAGAGUCCACGUUUCACAGUGGAAACUGGCAAUACGAAAUUUCAUAUGACGAUCGCAGAUGUACGUGUAUCAGAUUCAGCAACUUACUACUGCGCAAGCAGCUUCACGGCAACAAUACAGUUUGCGGACGGCAUCAUUGUGAAUGUGGACGGUUCAGGGUUGAAAGCCCAAGCUCUGGUCCGUCAGUCGCCUGUGACUCUCAGCUGUCCAGUUCACAAAGGACCCAGCGAUGGACAACACAGCGUUUACUGGUUCAACUCUGAAGAAGCUCACCUAGGACUCAUUUACACUUGUGAAAACAACAGUGAUCGGUGUGAGCGGAACCUCCGCACACAAACACACACCUGUGUCUACAAACUGCCAAUGAAGAGUCUGAAUCGGUCUCAUACGGGCACCCACUACUGUGCUGUCGCCUCAUGUGGACACGUAGAGUUUGGAAACGGGAGCAAUUUGGACUUUAAAGGUUUGUCUGAUCAGGUGAACUCUGUUGUCUCUGUGCAUUUCUUGAGCGGAGCUGUUGCAUUGUGCAACAUCCUGAGUGUUUUACUGGCUUUUUGUAUGUGGGGAAUCAAAAGGAAAAGAAGCUGCAUUUGUGAAGGGUCUGCUGCAAGAUUUACAGGUCCCUUCUCCAGCAGUGCGGAGUGCUACCAAAAUGAAGAUCGUUUCCAUGACACUGUAACUCAGACGGAAAAAAAGCUCAACAGUGGAAGAAGACAGAAGAAUAACACCUGGAGUCAAUGUGUGUACUUCAGUGUAAAGCAGUAGAGCUGCAAAUCCUUCACUGUUUAUCUCAGGCUGACAUUUUUAUUAUGUAUUGUGUAUUGAGUAUUUUUUUUUUUAAUUGUAAAUGUUAUUGUACCUUGAUAGGACGAAGGCACCUGCUUUCCAACGGAAUUGUCGAACGAGCUUUCGAAAGUAUAAUAAUGGUCAUAAUGAUACCAAAUAUUUUAAUGAUAUUUCAAUAUUAUGUUCUUAUUGCCUUUUUAUUGUCAUGACUCUCAGGUGUAAUGAACCUUAAGUGGCUUCUGACCUCUCAAAUAUACAUGAUUAUGAAGCGGGGUGGAGAAACUAUGGCCCACGGUCCAUAUCCGGCCCAUUGGUCUUUUUAAUCCGUCCGGAUCGGUACAAAAUUGCCCAAAUCAAAUCGUAUCAUAAUUAUGACUGCAUUCAUUUGACCUUGACCUGUAAUGCCUGGUGUAAUACCAGGUGGCGCAUAAGGCACAGUGAUACAAUGAUUUGAUUAUGCGGAGCCCAGGCGACAGGAUUGUUCUCUUAUCUGUCUGAAAUAACAUAAUGCUGUGGUCGGCGGACUUCCGUUGUUCUUGUUCUACGCCGAUAAUAAAAGUGGGAGGGGGAAGCGGUGGCUGCUUAAAGCAUGUCUCAUCCCAUUUAAUGAUGCUCUGUUACUAAUUUUUUGAAAUCCUACAUUACCAACGCCCAGCCCAUCUGUCAAAUUUUGAAAGUCAAUGUGGCCCCACACACAGCUUAGGACACUGCAUUAGGACAAGCUAUCCUACAUAAGAAAUAGAAUAGUCGUAAAGUUAAACAAAAUUGCGGUGCAGCUAAGAUCUGUGUCAAAGUUGCACCACACAGGAAGUGGCUCUUGGCAGCAGAAUGAGAGCUAAAACUAGAAUGUAAAAAUUCAAUUCAAACAGAGAUGUGAAAGCAUUUGAAGGCAACACAUGGACAAUAUAACAGAGCUACCAUGCAGUGGUCGGCAGUGUCAAGGUAAACAUGUCUGAAUUGUUCUUUGGUUUGAAGGUUUAUUUGAACGCUUGUCCCCAUGUAUAAAACCAGUGGGUCCCACUGGUUUUAUAUCAGAUCAAAAUGCAAUGAAUAAAGUAUCCACAAACCACGAAAAUGUUUCUGCUCAUGUGUUCAGAUAAAAAAAAAAUGAAGAUAUGCUGGAUAAAAAAGUCAUGAUUCCUCAUUUUUGUUUGACACACAUUUAAUGAAAUACACUUAUUCCCAUUUAUUUUUGCGUUUGCGGAGCUCUGUAACGAGCUGAAUCCGGUGUGUUGGAGCAGGGAAACAUGCAGG